UUCCUGGAAUGUGGGAGAGAAGCACCACGAAAUGGAUGAGUAAAAUAAAUAUAAAAUGAAGAAUCAUGUUGAAAAAUCAGCAGGCUGUAGUGCAUUAGGACUUGUGAGAUAAGUAAUACAGCCGAGUUAAAAAAAUGCAGGCAAGUUAGGCAACCUCCCUCUAAGACUGGCCCCUCCUGGCCGAGGAGACAUGUGCGAGUCUGCACGUAGCACACUUCUACUCUUCUAGUCUUCUACUGCACACCUCUAGUCUUCUACUGCACACCUCUAGUCCAUGUCCUCCAGCCUCACUGCUGCACACUUCUAGUCCAUGUCCUCCAGCCCUGCAGGACAGCAGACGUCCAGCAGUGCAGCCAGACAUCUCAUCUGAUAACACCGGGACACUCGCCCGCUGCCACCAUGCUCAGUCUCAGGAAGUUGCUGCCCUGUUGGUGUCUCCUGUUGCUGAGCUGCCGGACAACGCUUUCAGCCCAUGACUUCUUCACCUCUAUCGGCCAGAUGACAGACCUGUUGCUCACCGAGAAAGACCUUGUCACCGCCCUCAAGGACUACAUCAAAGCUGAGGAGAGCAAGCUGGAGAGGAUCAAAAAAUGGGCUGAAAAGUUAGAAGGUCUGACGACCGAUGCAGCACAAGACCCAGAGGGCUUCCUGGGCCACCCCGUCAAUGCCUUCAAGCUGAUGAAGCGGUUAAACACCGAGUGGGGCGACCUGGAGAGCCUCGUACUCAGUGACACCACCGAUGGUUUUAUUUCCAACCUGACCAUCCAGAGGCAGUACUUCCCCACGGACGACGACCAGACCGGGGCGGCCAAAGCUCUCCUUCGUUUGCAAGACACAUACAAACUGGAUUCCAACACCAUCGCUACAGGAAACCUGCCUGGAGCUACGCACAAGACUGUCAUGACCGCGGAGGACUGUUACGAGCUGGGAAAGGUGGCCUACACGGAUGUUGACUAUUACCACACGGAGCUGUGGAUGGCACAGGCCCUGAAACAGCUGGACGGGGGAGAAGAGUCCACCGUGGAUGCGGUGACGGUGCUGGACUACCUCAGCUACGCCAUCUACCAGCAGGGGGAGAUGGAGCGGGCCCUGGAGUACACCAAGAGGCUACUUGAACUGGAUCCAGAGCAUCAGCGAGCCAAAGGCAACGUGAAGUAUUUUGAGUUCCAACUGGAGAAGCAGAGGAAUGCGUCGAAAGAUGACGCUAACAAACAGAAAGAGCCUGAGAAGAAAGAGACAGCAGAAAAGAAGCCAAAACGGAAGGAGGACAAGAAGGCCUUCAGUCUGAUCCCUGAGAGGAAGAAGUAUGAGAUGCUGUGUCGCGGAGAAGGCAUCAAAAUGACCCCGCGUAGGGAGAGCCGGCUCUUCUGCCGUUACUACGACAACAAUCACAACCCCUUCUAUGUGGUGGGACCGGUCAAGCAGCAAGACGAGUGGGACCGUCCGUACAUCGUCCGCUUCCUUGACAUCAUCUCUGCCAAAGAAAUUGAAAAGGUCAAACAGCUGGCAAAGCCGAGGCUCCGCAGGGCCACCAUCUCCAACCCCACCACAGGAGUGCUGGAGACGGCGCACUACAGGAUCAGUAAAAGGCGGGCCACGGUGCAUGACCCCCAAACCGGGAAGCUUACCACAGCCCAAUACAGAGUCUCCAAGAGUGCAUGGCUCACGGCCUACGAAGAUCCCGUCGUCCAAACCAUCAAUCAGAGGAUUGAGGAUCUCACAGGCUUGGAAAUGGACACGGCAGAAGAACUGCAGGUUGCAAACUAUGGCGUCGGCGGCCAAUACGAGCCUCACUUUGACUUUGGCAGGAAAGACGAGCCGGAUGCGUUUAAAGAGCUGGGAACUGGCAACCGCAUCGCCACGUGGCUCUUCUAUAUGAGUGACGUGUCAGCAGGGGGCGCCACAGUAUUCCCAGAUGUGGGAGCAUCAGUUCGGCCUCAAAAGGGUACUGCUGUGUUCUGGUACAAUCUUUUCCCCAGCGGCGAGGGAGACUACAGCACACGGCAUGCAGCUUGCCCUGUGUUGGUGGGCAAUAAGUGGGUAUCAAACAAAUGGAUUCAUGAACGAGGCCAGGAGUGGCGGCGACCAUGUGGCCUCAAUGAGACUGACUGAUGAAAGCAAGAAAGCAACCUCGGGUUAGAACCCUGCAGACCAUCACAGACCACAUAAUGGAUGCCCGCCCCCCGAGCUCAAACAUCCACUUUUUCUUCCGGCUGCCGUGACCCGAGCCUGAAGAUGGGCUGAAAAGCCGCACAAGCUGCAGAUAGCAGAUAGCCGUGUUCUGGGAUGGUUGUAGGAAACACUCGUGCCUCUUUCACUCCCUGCUGUCAAUCAUUGCACUCGCCUGCCAAUCACUCCUUCUUGGACUUUACACUUCACACGGCCACACUUAUUACUGCGUGUGUAAAGCGGUGGUCCCCAACCUUUUUCAAAGCACAGGCCCACUCCUCUCUGUCAAAUGGCCGAUCACCAAGUCAUCUCACGCAAUUGUUUUGGCAGUGGUCCGCGCAGGCAAUGGCAGCAUCUUCAGGGUAAUGCCUGGAAGCCAAAUGUAUCAUCGAGAAGUAUUUCAAGUCAUUCAAUUGAUUUGGCGAGAAAAAAGGCCUUCAAUGGCAUGAAAUAUAUUGUCCAGCGGCAUUAAACAAUGAUUACCAUUGCAGAUGGCAACAAAAAAGACCACCCCACCCAAAAAAACUGCACUUCAACAAAUAUUUAGAGUCCAUUUCAUUUCUAUGUUUGUUUACCUACCAUUAAGUUAUUAACCUUCCAAUUACAAUGGUUAAAAAUACCACAGUAAUGCUUGCGUUUAUUAUAUGUAUGGCAUGAUUACAUGUGUGCUUCAUUUGGCCCCUUUUCAACUAUUCAACAUUCUUAUUGUCAAAGGCUUGCUGUUUUCUCCAUUCAGACAACGGUUUGCUUUUUUACUAAAUAUAUUAACCAUCUGCUGUGAUGAGGCGGCGACUUGUCCAUGGUGUAUCCCGCCUUCCGCCCGAAUGCAGCUGAGAUAGGCUCCAGCACCCCCCGCGGCCCCAAAAGGGACAAGCAGUAGAAAAUGGAUGGAAUACUGAUCUGCAGUAGGACAUGGGCAUUGAAAUGGUUGUAAGUUGCAUCAUAAAGCAUUCAAUGAGUUUUCUGACAACUGCAGAAAGUAAAAGUAGCUGCUGUCUGGUCUCCCGUCAUCCUCAUUGGCCGGGGAGAGUCUUUUAUUUGAUUUUUUUUUAGCAUAGUUUGUCUCUUCAUAUACACAAUGGCCAACUUUGAAAUAAAUGGACCGUAUAUUAUCAUAAAAAAGGCUAUAUUUACAUAUGCAAUAUCCAUCCAUCCAUUUCCUACCGCUUAUUCCCUUUUGGGGUGGUGGGGGGCGCUGGCGCCUAUCUCAGCUACAGUCGGGCGGAAGGCGGGGUACACCCAGGACAAGUUGCCACCUCAUCACAGGGCCAACACAGGUAGACAGACAACAUUCACACUCACAUUUGCAAUACACGAUCAUUAUUAAAAAGGCUUCCUUUCAAACGCCAAAACAUGCAAAAUAGUCUUUCGUCAAAGCAGCUAGGAUAGCUUAUGAGUAAAAGGAAAAAUAGAUGACAGGAGUGCGUCUAUUGAUUUGAGUAAGGUUGGGGACCCCUGUCUUUAUACAUGGACCCACAUAACAUGCAGUUAACAACAUGAAAUACUCCUUUAAGUGACCUUGGUGCUUCUUUCAAAUACCAAAUGGAAUCAUUUGACUGUAUUUAUAUCUUGUGUGUGUUUAUUAUGACAGCCCUACUUUGUUGUUGUUUUUGUAGAAAUGCAUUAAAAGCUGCUUGGAUCAGCA